GUUGCAUUUGGGGCUCCCGCUUUGCCACGUCAGCGGCCCAGGAUUUUAGGGUUUGCCGUGGCGAGCAGCGCCAAUGCCGCGCUAGGGCGGGCGGCGAGCUCACAUUCUUGUGGACGCGCGCUGGACUGCGGUGGCGAUGCAGCAGCAGAUAGAAUUCGCGAUUCAUCCAUGCGAGAGACCACGGCAGUGGAAUCGCAUUGGUGAGGUGUCUUGCAGGCGUCAGGCAAAGGCCGGGCCAAGUGUGCUGAUCUUGGGAGACCACGCAUGCAAAUACGGAUCUUUGUCUCAAGCUUCCAGACGGUCACAAAAGAGCGCAUGGAAGCUUAUGACGAAGGCAACUGUGGAUGUGGGACCUUUGAUGAGUGAAACUCGGCAACCUUUGGCGCUCCCACAGGACGAGAAAGUGGGAGUUUUGCUUCUGAACCUUGGAGGACCCGACUCCCUCGAAGACGUGCAACCCUUUCUUUUUAAUCUUUUCUCCGAUCCUGACAUCAUCCGGCUGCCUCGACUGUUUCGGUUCCUCCAGAAACCACUUGCGGAGUUUAUUUCGGCAGCUCGGGCUCCCAAGAGUGCCGAAGGAUAUGCGUCUAUCGGUGGAGGUUCUCCGUUGAGAAGAAUAACUGAAGAACAGGCCAGGGCUCUCCAAAAAUCUUUGGAGACCAAGCAUUUGCCUGCAACGGUAUAUGUUGGGAUGCGAUACUGGCAUCCUUUCACGGAAGAAGCCAUUGAACAGAUAAAGAAGGAUAGAAUAACGAGGCUUGUCGUUCUACCACUCUACCCGCAGUUUUCCAUUUCCACAAGCGGUUCGAGUUUGCGCCUUCUAGAAAGCAUCUUUAGGUCGGAUGAGUAUUUAGUCAACAUGCAACACACUGUUAUUCCUUCGUGGUACCAGAGGGAAGGAUAUGUAAAAGCUAUGGCGUCUCUCAUAGAAAAGGAGUUUUCCAAGUUUCCGAAUCCUGAGGACGUAAGGGAGCUCUUUGCUUGCGUUCUCAAAGUUUUACGUUUCUGCUUGCAGGUCCAUAUCUUUUUUAGUGCUCAUGGAGUUCCGGUGGCGUAUGUAGAAGAAGCCGGGGAUCCAUACAAAGCGGAAAUGGAAGAAUGUGUCGACUUGAUCAUGUCUGAGUUGCGGAGCAGGGGUGUGAAGAACGUUCACUCCUUGGCAUAUCAGAGCCGCGUUGGUCCUGUCGAAUGGCUAAAGCCAUACACAGAUGUGAAGAUAAAAGAGCUUGGUCAGAACGGUAUUAAGAGCCUUUUGGCAGUUCCAAUCAGUUUUGUCAGCGAGCACAUCGAGACAUUGGAGGAGAUCGACAUGGAAUACAAAGAGCUUGCGCUGGAGUCGGGAAUAGUCCACUGGGGUCGAGUUCCGGCGCUCAACUGCGAUUCCACAUUCAUCACAGACUUGGCAGACGCAGUGAUCGAAGCACUACCUUACGUCGGAGCAAUGGCUGUAUCGAACUUGGAAGCGCGACAGGCGCUCGUUCCUCUCGGAAGCGUAGGAGAGUUACUCGCAACGUAUGAUACACAACGGAGGGAACUUCCAGCUCCAGUAGCAGUCUGGGAAUGGGGCUGGACAAAGAGCGCCGAGACUUGGAACGGAAGGGUGGCGAUGCUAGCAGUCCUUGUGCUGCUCGUCCUGGAGAUAGCGUCGGGGAAAGGCCUGCUACACCAGUGGGGGAUCUUGCCAUCGUAGAUAAGUGGUAGAACCAGGAAGCUCGGGGUUCUGGACUAGCUUGUAUAUAAUAGAGAAUCAUCCGGGGUUUAUAGCGGCA